AUGCCCUCUUCGGGCGGCUUCAACGGACCACGACGACCAUGGGUUCCCUCGAUAGCUGAAGUAUUUAGCUCUUCGAUGUAUUGUGCUGGCGCACAUGAAAGGGCUGCGAGUAUGGUUUCUGAUAGCAAUAUCCAAUCGACGACCAGGAUGGGUCAUCCAAACUUGACCUCCUCGGUGCCAACCAGUUCUCGAAACGACGCACCCAUCGCUGAUCAAACCGUCCUUGCCGUUACAUGCGACAAGUUGACCUACACCAACGUUACUAUAAACCGUGACACCGCAGAUGCACAGACCAUUCGCCAGACGAUCGCCUCCAAGAUCACAAGCAAUCCGAGCCUCAAGUUUGACAUAUAUCGAAUCGCAUCCUCCAACGCUCCGCUUGGCUACCCCUUAGACGACGACCAACUGCUCCUCACCUGCCUGCAAGAGCGCCAAGGCGUGCCACACUUCUUCGCUGACCUGUCCGUGAUACCCCCUCAUUUAGUGGUACAUUCAAAUUCUCAUCAAGUUUCACAUUCCCGAGUACUAUCAUCUCCAGCCUCUUUGUCGACGAUAGUUCCUGCCACACUAUUAAUGCCUGAACCAUGUGUCCAACGCGCAAGCGAUACGUCAUCAGUGACCAGGAGCAGUCCCAGUCUCCCAUCCGAUUCCGCCACUCGGCAUGACCCCGUUCCAAGCCGAUCAACCCAUCAUUGCCAAGACCUGAUCACGGACCCUGGCGGCAAUAUAGCAAUACCCGAACCAGCACAAAUAUCUCCCAUCACUCAGCCGUUCGAACGACAGACACGCAGAUAUUCUGUACCUUACUGGGAUGAAAGUCCCCCUAUUAUCGCUUCUCCCGGUUCAGACCAUGCUGUUUCCAGUCUUCUCAGAUAUCGUACACCUCAACCUGGGCAAACUCACAUGGUACAUGGAACAUUGUAUUCCGAACCUGGUAGGAUGUCCGAAGCUGAGGUGAUCAGGCAAAAUUCGGGAUACUCGGAAGGCGCAAAUUCGAGAAUGGAUGCUGGCUCUUAUCAAAGUCAAGCCUUUAUGGAGGGUCCGUCUCUCCAUGGGGGCUGUAAUAGAACAAUCAGCCGAAGGAUGACGGUGGAUGAAGUUCUGCAUGAACUCCAUAGUCAUGGAUGCAAAAGCAUGUCGCCCUAUGUAAACAGAUCGAUGUCUGGCGAUAAUCCGGUGGCGUAUGGUGGUUUUGGAGACAUCUAUCGCGGAGUACUCAAUAAUGGAGCAGAGGUCAGCCUGAAGUGUGUGAGGCUGGAGGUCGAUUUAGACGACGGUGGGCAAAGGAAGAUCAAGGAUGCUGCGCACGAGCUAUACAUUUGGUCGAAGUGUAAGCAUCCGAAUGUUCUGGAAUUAAUGGGGGUGACUCAGCACCGUGGUCACCUUGCGAUGGUUUCUCCAUGGAUGGAGAAUGGCGACCUUACCCGAUUUCUGGUUGAACACCCCUAUAUCGACCGGUACAACCUGUGUGCGCAAAUAGCUGAUGGAGUUGCGUAUCUACAUCAAGAAAAUGUGGUCCAUGGAGACAUAAAAGGGGCAAACAUCUUGGUAUCAAAGGACCUUACACCCAAGAUAACGGACUUUGGCACUGCAAGUCGAAUCGAUUGCACCCUCAAGUUUACAGAGACUAGUUGUUCUCAAACCGUGUCGAUUCGCUGGACGGCUCCCGAAGUUAUGGCCGAAACCAUCGACAAGAGCACUCCUGAGGCGGAUGUGUUUUCGCUUGGGAUGACAAUUCUAGAGGUGUUUACAGGAAACGUGCCUUUUCCUGGUGUAAGCACCCCUGCUGUGAUCUUGAAGCUUGUGACAGGAGGGCAUCCCGCCAGACCGGAAGAGCAUAUACCAACUGGCGAUGAUCGGGCAGACCUGUUGUGGUCGCUUCUGUCUGAUUGCUGGGCAUUUAAACCAGAGGAUAGACCAACUGCGGAUGAUGUGAAGUACAGAAUGAGAAUCAUCGGGUCGAUAUGA